UGCAGCGACGGCACGCCACGACCCCGAUCCCACGCAAGCCCCGACGUCGUCGUUGGACCCUCAGGUACCCAUGCCGCCGCCGCCGCCGUGGCUCUCUGUUUUUCCUUUUUGAACCAACACUUAGAGGACCUUUAGUAACUGUAAUAGUACUCCAGCCAUUGUUUAGGUUGUUUUGGCACCCAUCAUUGCUGUAACAGCAGUUAAACGCACCGGGGGAUGCUGUUCAGGUGCUACAAUAGCAUGAAAAGCACCCAAUAGUGCUGUUCCUGUGCUGUCGCAACCUGAACGACACCCCUUAGUGCAAUUCUUGGGCUGGCCGAGCAACAACCUCUAGUGCUGUUUUUAGUCUGAUAUUAGAUUUCUAGAUAAUGCAAAGGUGAAAAAGAAAAGGAGACGGAGGUGUUGAGAUAAGUGCAACAAUUAAAUAGUGGGGUGGGGAACUGUUCAUUUAGCUCACAGGUGUUUCGUACAAAAGGUACUAAAGUGGGGCCCUUGCUAUACUACAGGACUUUGCAAAGCAUAAUUGGUUACAGGUGGUCACGCGUGUUAUACAGUGACUCACGGUUAGUUCGGACACAGCAAACGACCUUCCAGAUAGACAUAGCCAGCGACAUAGUCUCAUCAAUGGUAGUGGGAAGUCUAAAGCUAUGGACUGAUCUGGUGGUAGAAGGAUUCCAAAAGUCACUUCGCGUCGGCAAGUUCCUGUGCCUCCUCCAUGCCAUCGACACCUAUGUCUGCACUCCUGUGUUGCCCUACGGCCCAAGCAUGCUCCCGACCCUGAACUCGACUGGCGACUUGGUCCUUGUGGAGCGGGUCUCCACCUGGCUCGGCAAAGUGGGUCGAGGUGACAUGGUGCUCUUGCGCUCUUCAGAGGAUCCAAGGAAGACUCUGAUCAAGCGCAUCGUGGGCGUGGAAGGCGAUACUGUUACUUACCUCGUGGAUCCCAAGUACAGUGAUGCAUCAAGAACUUGUGUGGUUCCUUGGGGAAAUGUAUGGGUUCAAGGAGAUUACAUAUAUAAUUCUAGAGAUUCACGAACUUUUGGGGCUGUGUCCUAUGGUCUUGUAGAAGGCAAAUUAUUCUGGAGGCAGAUAUGGCCACUCAAAAGCUUUGGCUCUCUACAUGGAAAAGCCAAAGAAGAUUCGUAGGUCUUUUGAGGCAUGGGAGGAAGUUCUUUUGUCAGGAAGAUUGUCGCCAAUAUGGAUGACGCCUUUGAUCUAAAUCGUCCUCACGUAUUCUCUUCCAUGGAUGCACGGGUAUAUGUCGAUUAUAUCCUGUGUAUUGUUUGCAUAGGAAGAGAGUAAUUGCAGCUCUUUUAGCUACCUUGUAAUCAAUGAAAUUUUCUGGCAUCAUGGAAUGACAUUGUUCAU